UUCAGAUCUACAUAGCUCCUGAGAGGUGCAACUUCGAAUUACAGUACGAACUCGAUUGCCUACAGAGUGUAGCCUACACACUUCUGUAUGAGAGAAAGAGUUCUGAGGACUACUGUGUUGUUUGACUUCUCUGUCGCUGUCUCUCAGCGGCUUGACUUGUUUUUUUUAUCUACUUUGUAUGUACACGCUGUUUUGAGACUUAAUCAAUGCUUCAUCAACUCAAAGAUGCAGCCAAGGAGCUGCUGCGAUGGUUGCGCUCUCGGGAAUCCUCGGAGCCGGAGAGCAAAAUACGCGAGAUGUCAGAGGUGGAAGCGAAAGCCUUGGCACAUCGGUUCCAGGUGAUCGAGUCCUGCGUGGGACUGUUGGGCUGUUUGUGUGUGACGUUCGCAGUCUGGACUCCUUUCUGGAUAGAUGGCCAAGGACUCUGGGCAGUGGACAACACCACCAGCACCGACGACGAGGGGUCUGUCCAGGACAGGGACUGGACUGGAGGAGACAGGGUUAUUAAAGCCCUGAGCGAGUCGGAGCGCGUCUUCGGGGUGCUGGCCUUCAUGAUGGCCGUCUGCUCGGGAGUUCUGUGCCUCGUCUUCGCCCUCUGCUGGACACACGACACGGUGCACUCAUACACCAACACGCGCUCUCUCCUCAUGGUGGGCACAGCUCUCAACCCCACCACUCUGCUGCUCAUCACCCUCAGUUUAACAGGUUUUUUCUUCCUCCUCUCAUGGGCACUCUUCACUCAUCACCACCGAGCAGAAAUCCAGAAUGACAUCAGCCGCCUAGGCUCCUCUUAUUGGCUGGGGGCCCUGGGCUGGGUUCUCCUAUUGGCUGUGGAGCCUGUCGUGUUUGUGGUGGAGCAGGUCGUGGUCCCGGACCUCCUGCCCUACAUGAUGCAGUCGGCGGGCCUGAGCACCGAGGGCUACGACACCAUCUAUCUGCCACGCUCACACAGCGAGAGCCAUCACCUCAAGCGACAACAGAAGCAGCGCGACGAUGACCUCGGAUUCAAGAGACACACGUCAGUGCCCUGAGUCAGUCAGGUCCCGCCUUUCGGCAUGGACUGGAGUGGACAUUCCGACAUGUGUGAUAGCCUGCGUGUAAUCACUUCUGAUCUUCACACUCAGGAGCUGUGGCACUGGCUGCUGGGCACAAGCCUGUGUGUGUGUGUGUGUGUGUGUGUGUGUGUGUGUGUGUCUGUGGGUUUGUGUGAAUGUGAGUGUGUCAGUGCAGUGUGUGAAUCUCACUCGCAGACACCUUGAGAGAAGUGUAAGGAUGCUAUUGACGCUGGACCUUGUGACUUUCCCACAGUGCAGUACUGUCUCUUUCUCUCUCUAGGCAGGGAUACAGGGGCAGGAAUGCCCUUAGAUGGGAGAUAGGGAGGAACAGAGGCAAGGAAGAUGAGCUACUUCCUCUUUCUCUGACACUGAUAAGUGUGGAUUAAAGGUGCAGUGUGUUGAAUUUAGUGGCAUCUAGUGGUGAAAUUGCUGAAUUGCAACCUACUAAAUAACUAUGUUAGUAUGUCGGUGGCCAUCAAAAGCUUGGCUGUUUGUCUGUUCUGGACUACUGUAGAAGCAUGUCAGCAAAACAUGGUUGACUGUAUCACAAAAGUUACAAAAAUAAAUGUAACUCUAAAUGUGCUUUUUAGCUUAGUUGGUUAACUUUGCUAAUUAGCCUGCUAGUUUAUCUGGCUGGUUUUGGAAACGUUGGUGCUGUUGCGAGUUGUUGCACUAGUAUAAACCCUCCUGGGUUUUAGAGGGUGUGUUGAAGCAUGUUACUGCUUUACAGAACGUCUCAUGAAUCUUCAGUAUAAAUUGGCCCUUACAAAACAAAAACAAACAACACAACACAACAAUUCAUUUUGACAGGCGUCAUUGCCCUACUAAAUCUUCCAUACUGCACUUUUAAACUUCUUCUGGUGCUGUUUCAGUGUUGGGUAGAUGGGGGCACUUUAAAAUGAUUUUGCACUUUAACAUUAUUGUGUUUUACUACAAAUAUAUUUUGGCCUAAAAUCCACUAAGUUGUUGCGAGAUCUAAUUGUGACAAAUGCUGACUUAAGCCACCAACAGCUUGGUGACAUUCUUGUUAUAGCUGACAGUGAGGAGUGGUACUCUAUUUUCACUCGUCACACUAGUGUGCUAUGUAUGUGGGCAAGCUCUGCUGUGUAUGAGUGUGUGUAACCUUGGGCGCUGGGGGAAUGAAAGGCACAGUACAUUCCACUAUUUCAGUUUUUUCCCCCACAUUAAAACCUGGUUAUUGCCAUGCCAUUACAGUACAUUUCAGUAAAGCUUUCCUCACUGGUUUAUGACUUUCACCGAUAAUGUAAUGGAAACGAUUCUCAAUAAUUCUUUCUCAAAGUAUGGCCAGUUGAAAAAAGGCUACAUUGUUGCUUGCCUAAUUCCUUUUUUUUCCAUUUUUGUUCUACUGCGUUGGUCUUUUUUAGUUAAUUCAGUAAUUCUCCUAUUGUUAUUGUGAUUUAUACUAAGAGAAUGGUAUAAAUGCCUUCCUGGUCAGACUGGGCGGAAAGCACUGUGUGCUUAUUCUGAGAAGAAGCUGACCAUACAUGGCUAAAAGUUACCAACAAAUCACUACAUGCAGUCAAGAAUUGUAGUCUCAAACGUAACAUCGGUUAAGUCAGAUAAUAACCAUCAAUACUCUUACAUUCAGUUUCCUUAUGACAUGUUAAUUUGUAACUACAGUAUUUUGAAGUGUUGUACAAGUACUGUAAUGUCUUUGUAUAAAUUGUACUGCUUUUUAUUAACUAAAGAUUAUAG